AUGAUUCGCAUAUCUACUUUGUUCUUCGCCUUGCUACUAGACGUGGCAGUAAUGCCGCAAGCAUUCGCCGCUACAUGUGACCUCCCAUCUACAUAUAGCUGGACGUCCACUUCUGCAUUGGCGACACCAAAGUCAGGAUGGGCCUCACUGAAGGACUUCACCCACGUUGUCUACAAGGGCCAACACCUUGUCUAUGCUACAGACCACGACACAGGAACCGCCUAUGGCUCAAUGAACUUCGGGCUCUUCACAAACUGGUCUGACAUGGCCUCAGCCAGCCAAAACGCAAUGACUUCAACCACCAUUGCCCCCACUCUCUUCUACUUCGCUCCAAAGAGUAUCUGGAUCAUGGCCCAUCAAUGGGGGCCGACCGCAUUCUCCUACAAGACAUCAAGCGAUCCAACCAAUGCGAACGGCUGGUCAGCAUCGCAGCCCCUCUUCUCCGGCACGAUCUCCGGUUCUAGCACCGGCCCCAUCGACCAAACCGUCAUCGGCGACAGCAAAAACAUGUAUCUCUUCUUCGCAGGAGACAACGGCAAAAUCUACAGAUCCAGCAUGCCAAUCGGUAAUUUCCCCGGAAAUUUCGGCACAGCAUCAACCGUCGUCCUUAGCGACACAACCAACAAUAUCUUCGAAGCAGUUCAGGUCUACACCGUAGCAGGUCAAAACAAGUACCUCAUGAUCGUCGAAGCAAUCGGAUCAAAGGGGCGAUACUUCCGCUCAUUCACUGCUACAAGUCUUAGCGGUACAUGGACUCCACAGGCUGCGACUGAGGCGGCGCCGUUCGCUGGAAAGGCGAACAGUGGUGCCACUUGGACUAACGAUAUCAGCCAUGGAGAUUUGAUCCGCAGCAAUCCGGAUCAGACAAUGACGAUCGAUCCAUGUAAUUUGCAGUUGCUGUACCAGGGAAAGAACCCUUCUUCCAACGGCAACUAUGACACUCAGCCUUACCGCCCUGGAGUUUUGACUCUCAAGAAGUAG